AUGCUUGGCAAACAAUGGAGUGAUCUUCUGAAACUCAUACAAGAUGUGUCAGCAGGAUUUUCUCUCAUCAUAAAUACAUUAUUGAUUUUCGUGAUUUUGACAAAAUCUCCAAAACAGUUGGGAGCUUACAAGUGUCUCAUGAUAUACAUCUCAGUUUUUGAAAUCUUCUAUUCAAUUUUGGAUGUGGUUUUGGUUCCGCAACAUUACUCCCACGGAUCCACAUUUUUGGUGAUUGUCGGAAUCAAGGAUAAGCUCUUCAGCCCCGAGGUUCUUCUUUUCCUGAGCUCUUGCUACUGGAGAUGCUUUGGAGCUUCGAUGGCCGUAUUUGCAGUCCAUUUUGUCUAUAGAUGGCUUGUAGUAACAGAGCACGCGUUACUCAAGAAGUUUGAAGGAUGGAAAAUCUGGCUCUGGUUUUCCAUACCUUUUUGGUACGCGCUCACCUGGAUUUGCACUGGAUAUAUUCUAUCAGCGCCAAACGGAAGAACUUCCAAUUUCAUUAGAGAAAAUGUCAAAGAGGUUUUUGAGCUGGAGUUCGACGAGUACAUCUAUCUCGGACCAUUUCUUUAUAAAAAAAAAGAAAAUGGAACACUUACGGUGUAUAUUAUGCCAUUUAUUGGAUUGGGCAUCAUUUCGUCAACUAUUAUUUCCUCCAUCAUAAUCGUUUUGGUAAUCGGAAUCCUCUGCUACCGCCGUCUCAACAGCAUCGUGGUCACUACCAUGAAUUCAGUUAACCUCCGAAAUCUGCAACGUCAGCUCUUCUACGUCCUGGUCAUCCAGACCACAGUUCCAUUUGUCCUAAUGCACAUCCCAGCAGUCAUUAUGUUUGCCUUCGUAUUUCUGGAUAUUGAUUUAGGGGUUUAUAGUGCAGUGGUGUCAAUGACAAUUACUAUAUACCCAGCUGUGGAUCCAAUUCCAACAAUUGUUAUUGUGGAAAACUAUCGGAAAACUGUGCUAAAGUUUUUUGGUUGCUUUAAAACAACUCAUCAAAUUGGGACAAUGACGAUUGCACCAACUCAAUUUGCAUCCAGCACUCAUGUCAACUAG